CAUUAGGCAUUGGGACAUAUCACUGGGCCUUGCAUCCAGGUGAUGGGAGUUUUCUUUUUCUUUCUUUCUUUGUUUUUUGUUUUUUUUUUUUUGAGACAGAGUUUCGCUCUUGUUACCCAGGCUGGAGUGUAAUGGCGCAAUCUUGGCUCAAGGCAACCUCCGCCUCCUGGGUUUAAACAAUUCUGUCUCAGCCUCCCAAGUAGCUUAGAUUACAGGCAUGCGCCACCAUGUCUGGCUAAUUUUUGUAUUUUUAAUAGAGACAGGGUUUCUCCAUGUUGGUCAGGCUGGUCUCGAACUCCUGACCUCAGGUGAUCCACCUGCCUUGGCCUCCCAAAGUGCUGGGAUUACAGUCGUGAGCCACCGUGCCCGGCCAGUGAUGGGAGUUUUCUCUCCUGCUUUGGUGCUGACCACAGUAAGCAUUGUAAAAUAUUGCUGCCAUCACCCCUAGAUCAUGUUAACUCUCCUCUGCUUUGCCCACGUGGUUCAUUGUGACAUAUUACUGGGUCUAAAACCCAGAAAAUGUAACUCCCUUAUUUAGGUUCUGCCUGCAGGAGCCAUUGUCACACAUCUCUGUGCUCACCACCCAGGUGAUGUGACUGCCUUUUACUGCCUAGUUCCUUCUCACAAAACAUCUUGUGGCAUAUUGCUAGGCCCAGUACCUGGCUGGUGUGACUCCUCUCCUUUCUAGGUUCCACCUGCAGCAAAGAUUGUAACAUACCGCUGGGCCCAACAGCAUAAUGACAUUAUUCUUUUGCCUUGGGCCUGCCCUCAGAAGGCACUAUAAAAUAUUCAUGGCCCCAGCGCCAAGGUGAUGUGUGUCUCCAGCUUGGAUCCUGCCCACAGAGGGCAUUGUGACAUACCUCUUGGCCCAUCAGAUGUUUAAUAUCCCCUCCCAUUUCCUACCCUGUGUUUGCCUAUAAGAGACAUUGUCACAUGUUCCUGGGCCCAGCACCUAGGUGAUGUCUUCCUGAGACCUGUCCAUAUGGGGAUUGUGAUAUAUCGUGUGGCCCAGAACUUACUUGAUGCAACUCUCCUCUCAUGACUAGGCCCUGCUCACAGGUGUGAUUGUGACACAUAGCUUGGCCUAGCCCCUAGGUUAUGUUACUCUCCUCUUAUUCUUCAGUCAUUUUCACAGGGAGCAUUGUGACAUAUUGCUAGACUGAGAACUUAGGUGAUGUGACUCUCCUCUACUACUUGGAAUAUUCCCAAAAAGAGAGUUUGAUAUAUUGCUUAGCCAGGAUCCUAGGUGAUGUUACUCUUUUCUCCUGCCUAAACCCUGCAUACAUUGUGUAUUUUGACACAUCACUGGGGCCACAACCUAGGUGAUGUAACUCUCCUGCAUGGGCUUUGCCUACAGGGGUAUGAUGAUGUAUCUUUUCUUUCAUCACCUGAGUGGUGUGACUCUCCACUUAUGCCUGGGUCUUGAUGAAAGAGGAAUUGUGACAUAUCCCUGGCCCUAGCACUUAGGUGAUGUAACUUGCCUUUAUUGCCAGGGCAUGGCAUAUUAUGAAUAUCGGACGUAUCUCUGGGACUGACACCUAGGGGAUGAGAGGUUCCUGCCUGGGCCCUGCCCACAGGAGGCUUUGUGGCAUGUCUCUGGCCUCAUUACCUAGAAAGAUGUGACUCUUCUCUUCUACCUGCAUUCUUCCCACAGAGAAGAUUGUGACAUCACUGGAUCCAGCAAUUAGAAAAUGUUUCUCUCCUGCCUGAGCCUUGCCCACAGGAAUAUUGUGACAUAUCCUUGGGCUCAGCACCCAGGUGAUGGAACUCUGCCACCUGUGCCCUGUCUACUUAGGCUAUUAUGAAGCUGGUUUCAAUACCCAGAAAGCAUUGAGACAUACGGCUGGGCUCAGCACUAAGAAGAUGUGAGUCCUCUGCCUGAAGCCUGACCACAGGGAGCACUGUGACAUAUUUCUUGACCCAUUACAAUCUCUCCUAUGGGCAAAACUGAGGUGGAAUUGUGACAUAUAACUUGGCCAAGCACACAGAUGUAAUGGUGUGGUGACUCAUACCUAGAACUGGGACCUGUGCGGGAUUGUUAAUUCAUUACUGGACAUUCCUGUGGGUGUGAUUGUUACAUAUGCCUAUGUUCAGCACCCGAGUGAUUUGAUUUUGCUGCCUGGUCUCAGUCCAAAGGCUCUGCGUAUUUGGGUAUUGUGACAUAUUGCAGAACUCAACACCUAAGGGAUGGGAGUCUCCUACCUAGGCCCUUCCUACAGGGGGCAUUGUGACAUGUCUCUGCAUUCCUCAUCCAGGAGAUAUGACUCUCCUUUUCUGCCUACACCCUGCCUACACAGAAAGUUGUGGCAUAUUGCUGUGGUCAGCGACCAGAUGAUAUGUUUCUCCUGCCUGGGUCUUUAUUACAGGAAAGAUGGUUGACAUAUUACUGGGCCCAGCAUCCAGAUGAUGUGACUCUCUUCUUCUGUUGGUCCCUGCUUACAGGGAAACUGUAGCAUAUUGCUACACCCAGCACCUAGCUUGUGUGAUUCUUCUUUUAGGUUUGCCUUCAGGGAACAUUGUGACAUAUUGCUGGGCCCUGCAGUGACAAUUUGUGACUCUUCUGCCUGUGAUUUGCCCACUUGGGGCAUUGUGACAUAUUGCUGGGUUUAACACUCAGGUGAUGUAACUUUUAUGCCUAGGCCUUGCUUACAGGAGGCAUUUUGAAAUGUCUUUGUGGCUGGGCACGGUGGCUCAUGUCUGUAAUCCCAGCGCUUUGGGAGGCCAAGGUGGGCAGAUCACAAAGUCAGGAGUUCGAGACCAGCCUGGUCAACAUGGUGAAAACCCGUCUCUACUAAAAACAAACAAACAAACAAACAAAAAACAAAAAUCAGCCAGGUGUGGUGAUUGGUGCCUGUAGUCCCAGCUACUCAGGAGGCUGAGGCAGGAUAAUUGCUUAAGCCCAGGAGGUGGAGGUUGCAAUGAGCUAAGAUCGCACCAUUGCACUCCAUCUUGGGCAACAGAGUGAGACUCCAUCUCCAAAAAAUAAAAAAAAAUAAAAAUACAAAUGUCUUUGCACCAAUCCUACAGGUGAUGUGACUCUCUUGUAUUACCUGGUCUCUGCUCCCAGGAAAAAUUGUGACCUUUCACAGCGUAUAGCUAAUUUUUUUCUUUUAUUUCUUAGUUUUUUCCUGCAGGAAAGAUUGUGAAAUAUUACUGAACUAAGCACCAAAGGGAUAUAUUUUUUUCUUGGACCUGCCCACGUAAGACAUUGUGACAUAUUGCUGGGCCCUACACCUAGAUGAUGGACUGUUGACAUUUAUGGAUGUGGCCAUAGAAUUGUCUCUGGAGGAGUGGCAACACCUGGACAUUGCACAGCAGAAUUUAUAUAGAAAUGUGAUGUUAGAGAACUACAGAAACCUGGCCUUCCUGGGUAUUGCUGUCUCUAAGCCAGACCUGAUCACCUCUCUGGAGCAAGGGAAAGAGCCCUGGAAUAUGAAGCGACAUGAGAUGGUGGAUGAACCCUCAGGUAUAUAUCCUCAUUUUGCUCAAGACCUUUGGCCAGAGCAGGGCAUGGAAGAUUCUUUUCAAAAAGCAAUACUGAGAAGAUAUGAAAAAUAUGGACAUGAGAAUUUACAGUUAAGAAAAGGCUGUAAAAGUGUGGAUGAGUGUAAGGUGAACAAAGAAUGUUAUAAUGGACUUAACCAGUGUUUCACAACUGCCCAGAGCAAAGUAUUUCAAUGUGAUAAAUAUUUGAAAGUCUUCUAUAAAUUUUUAAAUUCAAACAGACAUAAGAUAAGACAUACUGAAAAGAAAUCUUUGAAAUGUAAAAAAUGUGUCAAAUCAUUUUGCAUGCUUUCACAUAAAACCCAACACAAAAGCAUUUAUCAUAGAGAGAAGUCCUACAAAUGUAAAGAAUGCGGAAAAACCUUUAAUUGGUCCUCAACCCUUACUAAUCAUAGGAAAAUUUAUACUGAAGAGAAACCUUACAAAUGUGAAGAAUAUAGCAAAUCUCCUAAGCAACUCUCAACCCUUACUACACAUGAAAUAAUUCAUGCUGGAGAGAAACUCUACAAAUGUGAAGAAUGUGGUGAAGCUUUUAAUCGAUCCUCAAAUCUUACUACACAUAAGAUAAUUCAUACUGGAGAGAAACCUUACAAGUGUGAAGAAUGUGGCAAAGCAUUUAUCUGGUCAUCAACCCUUACUGAGCAUAAGAAAAUUCAUACUAGAAAGAAACCCUACAAGUGUGAAGAAUGUGGCAAAGCAUUUAUAUGGUCCUCAACCCUAACUAGACAUAAGAGGAUGCACACUGGAGAGAAACCCUACAAAUGUGAAGAAUGUGGCAAAGCUUUUAGCCAGUCCUCAACCCUUACUACACAUAAGAUAAUUCAUACUGGAGAGAAACGCUACAAAUGUUUAGAAUGUGGCAAAGCUUUUAAGCAACUCUCAACUCUUACUACACAUAAAAUCAUUCAUGUUGGAGAGAAACUCUACAAAUGUGAAGAAUGUGGCAAAGGUUUUAAUCGAUCUUCAAAUCUUACUACACAUAAGAUAAUUCAUACUGGAGAGAAACCUUACAAGUGUGAAGAAUGUGGCAAAGCAUUUAUCUGGUCCUCAACCCUUACUAAACAUAAGAGAAUUCAUACUAGAGAGAAACGCUACAAAUGUGAAGAAUGUGGCAAGGCAUUUAUAUGGUCCUCAACCCUAACUAGACAUAAGAGGAUGCACACUGGAGAGAAACCCUACAAAUGUGAAGAAUGUGGCAAAGCUUUUAGCCAGUCGUCAACGCUUACUACACAUAAGAUAAUUCAUACUGGAGAGAAACCCUACAAAUGUGAAGAAUGUGGCAAAGCCUUUAACUGGUCCUCAACUCUUACUAAACAUAAGAUAAUUCAUACCGAAGAGAAACCCUACAAAUGUGAAAAAUGUGGCAAAGCCUUUAAGCAGUCUUCAAUCCUUACUAACCAUAAGAGAAUUCAUACUGGAGAGAAACCCUAUAAAUGUGAAGAAUGUGGCAAAUCUUUUAACCGGUCUUCAACUUUUACUAAACAUAAGGUAAUUCAUACUGGAGUAAAACCCUACAAAUGUGAAGAAUGUGGCAAAGCAUUCUUCUGGUCCUCAAGCCUAACUAAACAUAAGAGAAUUCAUACUGGAGAGCAACCCUACAAAUGGGAAAAAUUUGGCAAAGCCUUUAACGGGUCCUCACACCUCACCACAGAUAAGAUAACUCAUUGGAGAGAAAUCUUACAAGUAUGAAUAAUGUGCCAAAGCCUAAAAAAACCCUCAAUUCUUAAUAGAUAUAAGAUUAUUCAUACUGGAGAGAAACUACAAACCUGAGAGAGGCGCUAUUGCUUUUGACAGUACCUCAAACUUUAAAGAAAAUCAUUCUGCUGAAAAAUCCUAGAAAUGUGAAGAAUGUGAAAAAGCCUUUAAAUGAUUGUCACACUUGAUUGUAGGUAAGAUAAUUCAUACUGGAGAAAACUACCAGUGUGAACAAUGUGGCCAAGCUUCGACAAUGCUCACACCCUAUUGUACAGGAAAGCAUUUAUACUUGAGAAGAAAUGUACAAAUAUAGGCAAAGUAAAAAAGCCUGCUCACAUCUUACUCAAAAUUGUAGAGUUCAUGGUAAAUAAAAGCAUCAAAAUUCUAAUUACUCUCAGAAGAUCUGUCAGAAGAUAUGUCUUUAAAGUAUAGAAGAGCAUUUAUUUUGAAAAAGCAUUACACAUAUGAAGAGGAUUUUAAUAUCUUUACUUGUACCACAGAUCUUAUUGUACACAUUUUAUACUAGAGAAAAACCCUCAGGCAGUUAUUAAAAUUUUGUUGAACAUCAGGGAGUUUAUAUUGAAGAAAACCCUGCAAGUGUAAUGAAUUUGGAAAAACAUUUUUUCAAAAACUACAAAUUAUAAAACACCAAAGUGUUCAUACUAAAAUAUAUUUUUGCAGAUACAUUAAAUAUGAAAGAUAUUCAAUCCAAAAUUAAGUCUAUGUAAAUAUCAGAAUAAUUCACAGUAGAAAUAUCUAGGACACUCAAGCUUUAGACAUUACACUAAAUCAGAGUGCUGAGUAUAGAAAAUAAUACAAACUAAAAUUUGUCUAAACAUUUGUAUAUAACUUUAAAAAGUAGAAUAUUUUUUGGAGGGUUAUAAUUACAUUCAAAGUACUUUUUUUUGGAAAAUACAGAUUUUUUUAAAAGUGAAUAAUGUGUUCAACUCUGAAAUUCAUGCUGUUUCAUCAUUCCUGGUGUAUUCACAUGUGAAAGCAUGUGACUAAUUGUUACUGCAUAAAAGAUAUGAGAUUCUUUUUUAUUAGGCAUUAUUUAUGACCUUUUCUAUGAAAAGAUAAGGACAUUAAAAUGUGAGAUGCAUGAGGAAAAUUUAGGUAGAGAGACUCUUUGUGGUUAACUUAUAAUAUUGAGUGAUGCAUGAGGUAGGUGUUCAGAAUAAUAUUCCUCUGCAUUAUUAUGAAUGAAAAACUUUCUUAAUUUUAGUUAAAAUUAAGUUAGUCAUAUGUUAUUUUAUUAAUUGUACUUCUAUGGAAUAAUAUGCAGUCUAUUUUUAAGUUAUAAAUUAUGUGUGAACUUAGCUUUUCAAUUCAACAUUUUUAACAUGUUAAAUACUAUUGUGAAUUCAAUGAAGUGUUCUUAUGCCACUAACUUUAACCUAUUCCCUUACUCAAGGGUGUAGGUAAAAGAUGGUAACAAUACACUAUUUGGUAAGAUAAUGGACUGACAUCUUUAGCAAUAUUUUUUGCCAGUGGCUUUAAAUUGCCAUUAAGUUAAAAAUAUUGUUCCUAUAGGUUAAAUUUUUAUUCUUAUUUUCGCAUUUAAAUUUAUUUUUCUUAAUUUUUGUGGAUACAUAAUAUGUGUAUAUAUGUAUGCCAUAUAUGGUAUAUUUUGAUGCAGGCAUACUCUAUACAAUAAUCACAUUAGAGGAAAUGAGAUAUCCAUUACCUCUAGCAUUUAUUCUUUUUAUUACAAGGAAUUCAAUUCUACACUUUUAGUUAUUUUUAAAUUUACAAUGUUAUUGAUUACAGGGUCAUUUUUAUGGUCAUAAUAAAAAAUGUUAUACAAACGUGUAAAAUCCAUACAUUUCUGACUUCUGAAUAAAUAUUUUUAAAAAUUUUAA